AUGUCUACUCCUGGUCGCAUCGUAGAGUGGACCGCGAGCGACGGACGAAAAGGCAGACUCACAGGCACCGGCAAACCACGACUUACUGCAGCCAGCCUCGCGAAGGUACCUUCUGAACAACGGCCGGCAAAGGAGCCAGUAGGCGCGAAGAGUAGCCCAAAGAAAGCAGCUUCGACUAAGCCCGCCACUGAUGGAGAUAACUUGUGGGGUAACCAUGGGUGGGGUGACGCCAAUGCAAAGAGCGAAUCGAAGAAGUCGAGCUCGAAGAAGGCCUCAAGUAACAAAGGUGAUGGAUGGGUCGUACAGGAAUCGGGUAAUGACACAAACGAUCCAUUAGCAGCCACCUGGGGUACUACUCCAGAUGCUACAGGUGGCGACGACAACAAAGAGAAGAAAGACGAACCCGCAGCACCUUGGGAGGCUACGACUGUCCCGGACAACAACACAGUCCCAGAAGAGAAUGACAAGAAGGAUGGAGAGUCAAACGGAUGGACUAAAGAGCAAGAUGAAAAGCUGAUACAGCUGAAAACUAAAACUUCGAAAAGUUGGGCUCAGAUGGGCGAAGAAAUUGGUGGUAAGACAAAGCAAGAUUGCAUCGACCGUUUCAAAGAGAUCCAACCGAAGGGAUACAAGGCCAACGAGGUCAACCAAGGGGGUGGAGGCAAGAAGGGAAAGAAGGGGAAGAAAACAGAUCAACAUGAUGGAAACAACAAGGAUGACACGAAGAAAGAAGAAAAGAAGGAUGAGGAAACGGGGGAUGAUGGCGGUUUAUUGGGUCUCACGUUUGGAGAAGAUACUGGUAACAGCAAAGACGAGUCUGGUGACAAGAACAAUUCUGGGGACAAAGCACCCGAUGUAUGGGGCGGUACUGCAGACUGGGACUUCACUGGGGCAAAUGCUGCAGGCACUGGUACGAAUGCUUGGGAAACCCAAGUUGGAUGGGGCACUGGCGCCACUACGGGUGGUGGAGACGUGGCGAAUGAUGCUGCCGCGAGCUGGGACAAUAUCGGUGGAAACGACUGGAUUAAAGGGACGAACAACAACCACAAAAACAACACCGGCGGCGGUGCCGGAGGUGCGAAAGCUUCAAGGCAGAAAGUCCCUUCAAACCAAAUGCCUCCGCGGGCGCCCGCUCAGCCCAAUACCAGCAACGGCAACAACAACAACAGCAACAACAAUAACAACAACAACAACAACAACAACAACAACAACAAAAACAACAACAACAACAACAACGCCCGUCCUAUCGCCGCUCGUCCUCUCGAACUCGAAGUAAAACCCGACGAUACUUUCUCCGCCGAUGACUUGCGUCUAGUCGCUCGCAUCUUACAACAAGAUUGCUCAAUGGUAUGGAAUAGGGUCAGCUGGCGAUUCAGGGACAAGACAGGUAGAACCCUUCAUGCUGAUGAGUUCGAGAAAAAGAUCACUGGGCGUCUAGAGGGCAAAGGUAGCGAGACGGGUGAGCGGAGGCGGUAG